CAAGGAAGCUUCAUUCUCGCCAGCUGAUUUGUAACCUAACCUUUGUCAAAUAGACUCGGGAUACUAUCAGCAGACCUUUCUUGUCACGGAUUUACUGACCCUUAGAUUGUUAGGAAGGUUAAUGAAAUAAUUUCAUGUUCUCAUGGAUUGUGAUGCACACUUGAUGGUUUUAGUUCUGAAUUUUGGGUCUCUGCAAGCUUUCGCUGUGCCAUGUGCAGGCCGCGGCAAAGUUAUGGAGCCGAGUUCAGGCGCGGGCGGGUCGCAUGGCAGCGGGCCUGGCGUGGCUCGAGAGGCUUCGAUUUCUGUGCCUCGAACCACUCUCAAAGAAUGUGAUCGUCACAGUUGCGCAACCCCCCUCCUCUCCGGCCAUACAUAUUUCCCUGAGGUGGUGCAUCAAUCCAAGGUAUAUCCGGGGGGCCAUAGCUCGUUCGUUCGCAUGGGGCACCACCAUCCUCUCCAUUUCGCUCCCUCAAACAAUCCACAGCGAACGCACUAAUCAGGAACUGCACUCGCCAGCUUUCGGCUGCAAACCCGAGCAAGAGUUCGACGGCUCGCUCGGGAACAACAAGCAUCUCCAAAUGACAAACUAGUUACCUAAACCUCUCGCAAACUUUCCGCCCGAUCUGCCGA